GGGGACUGUCUCGCCUUAUAAAACCAUGAAGGUCUGCAGAUGUGCUGAGGAACCACUUGCCUCUCCAUCACUUCCGCAUCAAACAUGCUUUUAACGGUCAACAUGUCCUGUUAAGCGCAAUACUGAAGUAAAUGCUAUUUGCAUCGGUUUGCAUGUUUUCAACAUUAACCUCACAGAAACGUCUGACUGGGACGCAGCAGCAGACUGCAGAGAUCAUAUGGAAAGGAAACUGGCCAUGGAUGAUGUUUCUCCAACCCAUCAUCAGCAUCAGCGGGGCAGACCCAAACUCACUGGCAGUCCCAAACUGGGCAAAAAAGACAGAAAACAAGAAAGUGGGUUUUGGAUAUUUAAAAAGAAACGACCAAAUGGUUUGGACCGAGCGUUGUCUUCGUCUCAACCCAAUCUGCACAGCGCGGCAGCCGCUUCGGAUGGCGGUGAGAGCGGGACGACGCGCUGCGGCAUGCCGGAGCUGAGUGUCGGUACGGCGGCCCCAGCAGCAGCGUCGCUCGGUGCGGAGAUCCAGAUGCUGAAAAGAACCGUCAGCUCCAAACCGACACUCUCCGAAUUGGUGCAGUCUCAACAUAAACCUGCUCUGCAAGGAUCCACAUGCACUGAUGAUGCAAUGAUGAAUGGUAACGAGGAUGAGAUCAAUAAAAGUGUGGGCAUUAAUGCAGCUGAUAACGGUGGCAAGCAGCCUUCACUGCCCACUUCAGCAAUGUACCAGUUAGACAUCGUGCUGAAAAGAGGAAACAACCUUGCCAUUCGAGACAGAGGCGGAACAAGUGACCCGUAUGUGAAGUUCAAAAUUGCUGGCAAAGAAGUUUUCCGCAGUAAAAUCAUCCACAAGAACCUGAACCCAGUUUGGGAUGAACGUGUUUGUCUGAUAGUGGACAAUUUACAAGUGCCUCUGUAUUUUAAGGUGUUUGACUAUGAUUUUGGCCUUCAAGAUGAUUUUAUGGGCUCAGCUUACCUGUACCUCGAUUCUCUGGAGCUCCAGAGACCUCUUGAUGUUCGGUUGGACCUUCAAGAUCCUCACUGCCCCAAUCAGGACCUGGGCUCUCUGGAGCUGGCAGUCACUCUGUUCCCAAGAAGUACAGAAGACAGAGAGGCCCUGCGACAAGCGCAGCAGCAGCAGAAUCUUCGGCUGUCGGACCUGCACAGAAAGUCUCAGCUGUGGAGGGGCAUUGUGAGCAUUAGCCUCAUCGAGGGUCGUAACCUCAUCCCCAUGGACCAGAACGGCCUGAGUGACCCUUACGUCAGGUUCAAACUAGGCCCACAGAAGUACAAGAGUAAGACAAUUCCCAAGACCCUUAACCCUCAAUGGAGGGAGCAGUUCGACUUGCAUCUGUACGAUGAGGAAGGAGGCAUUCUGGAGAUCACCGUUUGGGAUAAAGACCUUGGAAGGAGAGACGACUUUAUUGGCCAGUGUCAGCUGGACCUGUCAAAGUUGAGCAGAGAGAAGACGCAUAAGCUGGAACUUGAGCUGGAGGAGGAUAAAGGGACACUAGUACUGCUGGUGACUCUGACCGCCACAGUCGCGGUCUCCAUCUCUGACCUGUCUGUCAACCUACUGGACGACCCAGACCGACGCCAGCAGAUCAUUAAGAGAUAUAGUCCAAUAAGGUCAUUGCUUAACCUGAAGGAUGUUGGAAUUGUGCAAGUGAAGAUCCUGCGGGCUGAGGAGCUGAUGGCUGCUGAUGUCACAGGAAAGAGCGACCCGUUCUGCAUUGCAGAGUUGUGUAACGACCGUCUACAGACACACACGGUCUACAAGACACUGAAUCCUGAGUGGAAUAAAGUCUUCACCUUUAACGUGAAAGACAUUCACUCAGUGCUGGAGAUCACCGUGUAUGAUGAGGACAGAGAUCGCAGUGCUGAUUUCCUGGGUAAAGUGGCCAUCCCGUUAUUAAACAUCUGCAACAGUGAACAGAAGGCCUACGUCUUAAAAAACAAGGAGCUGACAGGGCCAACAAAGGGGGUCAUCUUUCUCGAAGCAGACGUCAUCUUCAACGCCGUAAGAGCCAGUUUGCGGACGUUCGUUCCACCAGAACAGAAGUACAUCGAAGAGGAGUCCAAAGUCUCUAAACAGAUGCUGCAGCAGAAUUUUAACCGAGUGAAGCGCUGCGUCCUCUUCCUCAUUAACAUGGGCUCCUACAUCAACAGCUGUUUUCAAUGGGAGUCCCCCCGCAGGAGUAUAUGUGCUUUCUUGAUCUUUGUGGUGGUGGUUUGGAAUUUCGAGAUCUACAUGGUUCCAUUGUCCCUGCUGCUGCUUCUGACCAGGAAUUACUUCCUGCUGGCCUCGGGGAAGGAGUCGCGCGAGGGAAGUGUGCAAGCGAUGGAGGACCUUCUUGAGGAUGUGGAUGAAGAAUAUGACAAAGAUGACAAGGACUCAGAGAAAAGGGGCUUCUUGGACAAAUUCUACGCGGUUCAAGAUGUGAUCCUAACAGUUCAAAAUGCUCUGGAUGAAGUGGCAAGCUUUGGGGAAAGAGUGAAGAACACGUUUAAUUGGUCUGUGCCUUUUCUGAGCUGGUUAGCCAUAACGGUUCUAUGUGCUGGUGCCACACUAAUAUACUUUAUUCCACUACGAUACAUUGUGCUGGUCUGGGGUAUAAAUAAAUUCACCAAAAAACUUCGGAACCCCUACAUCAUUGAGAACAACGAGCUGCUGGACUUCCUUUCUAGAGUUCCAUCAGAUGUCCAGUUGAUUCAAUACAAAGAGCUCAAACCGGAGACUUCUCUAAACCCAAGCAAGAAAAGGAGGAACAACCCCGGAUAGAUGCUGAACUGUGACUUUACGUUUCUAAAUCAUCAGCCUCGAAAGCAUUGUACACAUACAACACACUGUGAAUGUUGCACAUCUUCAAAAAGGAGAUUGUUUAAAAAAUAAAAUAUUUCUAUCCUUAUUUAUGCAAACUUGCACAACUAUAAUAUAGCUCAAAAACUAAUUGUUCAUUAAAUAUAUUUUUAAUUGUUUAUAUACACAUUUUUAUUCUGUUACUGAUUCACAAUCAGUGUAUUGAACAUUUUUAAUCAAAGAGACUUAUGUGGAGAAAAAUACUGCAAGCCGGUUUCAGACUUAUGUCGCCCAUGUGAGCACCAUACCUCAAAAAACUUGUGCCUACCACUUGAUCACAGCUACAGCAAAUUAGUCUUUUUAAAUGUGAUUUUUAAACCAGUCAGUUGAGCCUAUAUAAUGCAGCACAGUUGAAUGUAAUAAAUGCAACUGUCUUUUUGAAAACACCCCAAACCUUUACAGUGAACUUUGCACCUUUGAGGUUGCUCUAUAAUAUAAUUUUCCUUGGAUAAUUAUUUUUAUUGGCAAGCACAGGGAGAAACUGCAUGCUGUGCAUUUAAAUGGAAAGAAUGUACACAUGCAUAUGAAAAGUAACUGUAAAUAUACAUGUUGUUCUGGACAUGUUUACCCAUGACAGAUGUCAUAUGCUAUAAUCACUGUUCAUAUGCUAUGAUGAAAUUGUGUUUUAUUGUAAUAUUUGUACAUUGUGUUGCUUGUUAAUUAUUCCUCAAUGAUCUAUGAGCAUGUAACUGUUAAGCAGAUAUACUCAAGCAGAUAAAUUAUUAUUAGAUGGAGGAAUUAGUGGUGCACAUGUAAAGAAAAAAAGGCAUAUUCAUACAGGGCUGAACCCAACUAAUGAAAAUCUCUCUCUCUCUCUCUCUCUCUCUGAACUUUUGGGUUAUUUAUUUUCAAAAACUAUGAAUUAAUAGUCCUUUUUCUGAUUGUUGGUGGUUUAUUUUGUAUUUAUUGGUCUUCUAAAUUCUAGAUUCUUAUGAUGAAACUUGAAAUCACAUUUCCAAUCUUUACUGUUACUUCUGUACUGUAUGUGAAACUAAAUGUAAGGCAAGAUUUUGUCCAUCAGGAAUUGAUUGGAUCUCUUUAUGAUUUAUUUUUUUUUUUUUAUAUGGCUCAACGUGCACCAAUGAAUCAUUCACAGUAAAAGAAGAAUAAAUAGGGUCAAUUUGGAUUCCAUGAUUACUUUAACCACAUCCUACAGAAGGAAAUAAAUUCAUUAAUUAAAAACAAAUUAAUACAUGCAGUUAAACAUGGUGUCAUGGGGUUUUAAUACAUAUGGCAUUGUAUAAUCCAGUAUUUCGUCCUUGUGUAAAAUGUAGAUUGUUAAUAAAUUGUCCUAGAGCAUCCAAUUAACUAAUCCAGAUUAGAGAUGUGUGAAGUGAUGCAUUUCUCGGGAUGGGGGCCGGGAUAGUAACGGAAGAUGAAUGAGUCACCAUGCAGGUGGAGUUUUGUGUCUCCAUUAACAUGUUCAUAUGGGCAACUGGAAGAUCCAUCUCCCAGUUACAAAGGAAAGGUUUAUAAUUAGUUUCUUUAAUCUCUGCCUUAUUAAAUAAAUGCUUCUUUGGGAAUCAGGACAGACUAAUUGAGCUAUGAAGGGCAUCUUUUUAAAGUAGCAAAAGAGCAGUCUCACCCAUGGCCUGGGCUUUUAAAAGAGAUUAAUGAGAAUUUAAACCACUCUUGGGUUUCCCUUCUCACUUCUCACUUCAUACCU